GGCGAAGGUGGAGAGGAGAAGAGGGUGAAAGAGAAGGGACGGAUGAGAGAGCGGAAGGGAUGACUGCACGAAAAGGAAAAAAACAAAAACAAAACAAUCAUGACUCCUCUAAUUCAUCCUAGGUUUUUGUUUUAUAAAUCAUAAUGCUUUGUCUACGACACAGUAUGCUGCAAUAAAUGACCAGGCUCCCCGAUAAGUGUAAGCUGGCUUGAGAGAGAUGUCCUCUCCGGGCAUGGGCACCCCCAGUGACCCCCUCCUCACAAGUCCAGGAGGGAGGUUAUCUGCAGCUCAGGAAGGCCUCUGGAGGAACUCACUCCCCAAAACAGCCAGCUUUCCAACAUCCACCACUCGGCUUCUCAGUCACCGAGCCAACAACUUUCAAAGACAUCCAAAGCGUCGGAAGCUGAUCAGACCUUCACCUCCUCCACCGCCCAACACACCUUGUCCUCUAGACCAGCUGGACCUCAGUGAGCUUCCCCCAAGACGUACCUUCCAAGAGCUGCUCUUCAAUGGCUGUGUUCUGUUUGGUAUUGAAUUUAGUUAUGCCAUGGAGACGGCUUAUGUGACUCCUGUGCUGCUACAGAUGGGCUUGCCCGAUCAAUUUUACAGCUUGGUGUGGUUUAUUAGCCCCAUACUGGGAUUCCUCGUUCAGCCUCUCCUCGGAGCAUGGAGUGAUCGUUGUACAUCCCGGUUUGGACGGAGGAGACCCUUUAUUUUUGCUUUGGCUAUAGGUGCUCUGCUAGGUCUAACCCUGGUACUGAACGGGCGGGACAUUGGAGGUGCGCUGGCUGACACUGCAUCAAAUCAUAAGUGGGGAAUCGUUCUGACGGUGUGCGGUGUGGUUCUGAUGGACUUCAGUGCUGAUUCAGCCGACAACCCGAGCCAUGCCUACAUGAUGGAUGUGUGUAGCCCAGAGGACCAGGAUCGAGGGCUGAACAUUCAUGCACUACUUGCAGGACUCGGUGGUGGAUUUGGCUACAUCGUGGGUGGCAUCAACUGGGACCAGACACAAUUUGGAAGGUCAAUGGGAGGUCAACUACGAGUCAUAUACAUGUUCACGAGUAUCACUUUGGUGUGUGCCACAGCCAUGACUCUGUUUAGUAUCCCUGAACGCACCCUACCAAAGAAAAAUAAUUCCAGCAAAACUCAUCUAAAAAGCCCCAGCCUCCCUCUUCCUCCCUCUCCCCCUGUCCCUCCAGGAUCAGAUUUGGGACUGGAUGAGGAAGACGAAGAUGCUCUUUACAGCUACCAUUACUCAAAGUCUCACCCAUAUAACUCAAACCCCCUUGCACAUUCUUGCAGCGCCAAUGCACGGCUCUGUGCUGGUCUCACAAGCCCCAUAUCGCCCAUGAGCCCCCUCACUCCAAAAUAUGGCAGCUUUAUCAGCAGGGACAGCUCGCUCACAGGCAUCAAUGAAUUUGCCUCUUCAUUAGGAACCUCCUAUAUAGACAGUGUGCUCAUAAACUGCUACACAGGUCAGCAGACUCCACAGGCUCUGGCUUCUAACUCCACUCCGGUUCCCCUGCCUCCAGGGGACUCCCCUUAUCCCGAUGACUUCACACAGGGAGCAGGAAGCCGUCCUGCAGGACAGAUCCAGGCUGAUGUGUCGCCUCAUUUGGCUGGGGAAGCUCAGGAUGCGGAAGCGCCACAGCCUGAGGGAGAUGCACAAACUCAGGUCACAGCUGGGACUCAGCCUGGUGCUGGGUCACAUCGGCGCUCUUCUGCUGGUAUCCUGAAGCGACCCCAGAGUCUUGCACUAAUCGAGGAGCCCAUGGCAACACAGAUUGUUGGGCUGGAGAACGGACGCAGGAGAACGGUGACCUUCAGUCAGCAGGUUGCAAACAUUUUGCUGAAUGGGGUGCACUAUGAGAGUGAUCUGAGUGAGAAUGUGGAAACAGGAGAAUCACAGAUGUCAAUUAAACUGCUGUGUAUAGCCAUCUACCGGAUGCCUCCCUCUCUGCGGAGUUUAUGCACUAAUCAUUUCCUGGGCUGGCUGUCUUUUGAAGGCAUGCUGCUCUUCUACACUGACUUUAUGGGUGAGGUUGUGUUUGAAGGAGACCCCAAGGCACCCCACGACUCUGAGGCUUACCAACGGUACAACGCCGGAGUUAGCAUGGGAUGCUGGGGCAUGUGCAUCUAUGCAUUCAGUGCUGCUUUCUACUCAGCCAUAUUGGAAAAACUGGAGGAGCGUUUCUCUGUUCGAACUCUUUAUUUUUUUGCCUACCUGGCGUUUGGUUUGGGCACGGGCCUGGCCACACUUUCCAACAACCUCUACGUGGUACUUUCUCUCUGCGUCACCUAUGGGGUGCUCUUCUCUUCUCUAUGCACGCUGCCUUACUCUCUGCUGUGUGAAUACUACCAGAACCCUCAGUUCUGUGGCUCAUCAGAGGAGGGGACCAAACGAGGGAUGGGGGUGGACAUCUCUCUGCUCAGCUGCCAGUACUUCCUGGCUCAGAUCCUGGUCUCAGUGGCGAUGGGACCUCUGACCUCACUGGUGGGUGGGGCCCAGGGAGUGAUGUACUUUGCGAGCCUGAUGUCAUUCGUGGGCUGCCUGUACUCCUCUCUCUGCAUGGUGUACCAACUGCCCCCACCUGAGGGAAGAGGAGAAGUUGAAACUGGGGUGUGAAUCAGCAUUCAGUCGGAAACCGAACAAAACAGAAGAUCAGCAAACAGGGAGAAGACUCAUAUGGGUAACCCUGAAGGUGGACAAUGUAAAAAAGGAAGACACUGUGGGGGUUCAUAGAGCCAGCAUCAAGUGCUUAUUGUCAUCAUUAGGGCGCAUGCUUAAGGUAGUAGGCUUCAGCUCCUCCAUGGCGGCCCAUCAACUCAGUAAUACCUACUUUUGUUACCCCCUUUCUCAACAGGAAGUCUCAAACGUCAUUCCUUUGUCCAUCCUAACGAAGCCAUCUGCGUAAACAAAAUGGUACAUAUAAUUGUUUGUUUUAAAUCUGUCCGUGCCAUGAAAUACAGCAGUAUGCUUUUGUCUGUUCUGCCUCAACACGACUGACUUCAGGACUUUAACAAAGGUUCAUUUUACUAUUAGUCCUUUCAAAGCCUACCAUACUGAUCGUUUCAUUAACAUAUGGUGCAGUCUUAGUUGCUGCCUCAGCAAAAUGUCAAUUGCCUACUUUUUAAGUCUCCUGGACUGACUGGUUGCCCGCCAUGCCAACGUUUCUGAGGAAACAGUACCUGUACGGAUCAUGCUGUUGCAGCUUGCUUGAGAAAAAACCAACACUGAGUUUCUGUGUUAUAUGGUACCACUUAUUGCUCAGUAUUAGCAGUGUUACUGUAAAAGCUA